CUCUAUAUCCCAGCAUCCUCUGCGCGUAGACGAGGAAGGACAUCUUUCCGGAGAGGACACAUCAAGAAACGUCCCAAGGUUAGCUAUCGCUUUGUUUAGGUAUCUGACUGAAGCUUACAAAGAUGGCUGAGAAUAUCGAGGAGAAGAUCAAGAACUACAGGACCGCUCCCUUUGACGCCCGAUUCCCCAACACUAACCAGACCCGCAACUGUUUCCAGAACUACCUGGACUUCCACAGGUGCAACAAGGCUCUGUCAGCCAGAGACCAGGAUGUGGCUCCCUGUGACUGGUACCAGAGGGUUUACAAGAGCCUUUGUCCCAUGAGCUGGGUCGCUAAAUGGGACGAUCAGAUAGAGAAUGGAAGUUUCCCAGGAAAGAUCUGAAAUUGCCAACCAAGACAGUCCAGUGCAGGAUAUUCUGUUACUUGCACCUUUACCUCUGUAGUGUGCCUGAGGACAUCUCCAAACAGCUAUCACAUCGUCAUAAUCAUCAUCACUGAUGUUACUGUUAUUAACUUAACUAUAAACACGCACAACUUUUUACCCUGCAUGUUAAGGUCUAAAGUUUGUUUCCUGUUUCUAUUUUAAACUACUCUUUGACAUUGUUAAUUCAAUAAAUACAGUACAGAUGUAAUUAAAAUGGUGGUGUUUAUUAUGAAGUUUCAAUAAACUUUGUUGUAUUGA